UCACAGAGUUCCAAACAAAGCAGCAGCAUUUCAUACUCUCGCUAACUUUACCUUCCAAGUCAUUCUCGAUUGCAAAAGAUAGACCACCAUCACCAUGCAACUCCUCUCCGAGUCCACCGUUCUGUUCGCCCUCGCUUCCUCCGUCUUCGCCGCGCCGCUUGCUGUCCGCACGCAGAACGAGGUCCAAAUCACCUUCCUGGGCGCCGCAAACGCGCAGUUCACCCAGAGCUUCCCCACCGAUGGCUCCACCGUCGCUAUCUCCAACCCCCUAAGCAUCUCACACAUCGCCUCCAGCACCGCAGGCGUCACCUGCACCUUCAUCGGCAUCGACCACUCCAGCACGACCGUCAGCGGCGUAGCAACCGUGGACGUGGGGCCCCCUCAGACCCAGACCCAGGGCUCGUGCAGCGCCGCGGGGGAUCCCACCACUCCUACCCCGGACCCAUCCACCCCGGCCCCGGCCCCCGUUGAGCCCUCCACCCCCAGCACCCCCUCCGGAGGCCAGGGCUCAUCUGUCACCAUCACUUUCCAAGGCGCCGCGGACGCGCAAUUCUCUCAGUCGUUCCCGCUCGACGGCGCCUCGACGGCCAUCACCAACCCGCUUAGCAUCUCGCACAUCGUCUCCAGCACGGGGAAUGUGCGCUGCACCUUCAACGGCAUCGACCACAGCGUCACCACCGUCAGUGGCGUGCAGACGGUUGAUGUUGGACCGCCCCAGACUCAGGUGAACGGGGCUUGCACUGCUGCUUAGGGUGGGUUUGUGCAAUCGCUUACACCUUGGGGGUUCUACAUGACAUGAUAUGGGGAGGGCAGAGCAUCUGUCGUUUAUAGCUUAGGCAGAUGGGGUCUCGAUUCUUUGCUUGUCUUUCCUUCCUUCUUAAUUUACUUUUUUCUUUUCAUUUUCUUUUGUCUUGGUUGAAAGUGAACAGGUUGUGACACACUAGCACUGUCUCUUUCGAGGAUCAUAACAUGGAGGGAAAGGCCUUGCAGCUACGGUACCUAAUAAUCUUCAUCGGACCAGACUAACAAGUAUAUUGUAUUUAUCUGAGGCAGACAUGUAAAUGAGAG